AUGGCUACCCAAGCCCAUUGCGCGUACUGCUUCGACACGCUCUCUGCCAGCCUGGAAAAGCGCCCGCCGCUCAACCUGCGCCAGUGCGAACUCCUCUGGAAGAGAUACAACGCCGAUCCCACCGCUGCGGACCCGAACGCACCCGAAGAAGACUUGGAGCCGCCCUCUGACUCGGAAGACUUCGACGAGAACUCGCCUCCCACUGCUGCUACUGCGAACGCGUCUUCGUAUCGCCCGGCCGCGAUAUCCAGACUUCUUGCGCCCUCGCCGCAGAGUGCUAGCUCGAGCAGCGUGCAGAGCACGAGCUCGACGCCGAGCGGGGAGCGGGCUGAGGACGGGAGCCCGCUCUUCGUGACGUGGAAUGUGAUCUCGAGGAGCGGGGAGAAGCGGCUGCGUGGGUGCAUCGGCACGUUCGAAGCGCAGGAGUUGGAUGACGGGUUGAGAUCCUAUGCCCUGACUUCUGCCUUCGAAGACACGCGCUUCCACCCCGUCUCCGCCCGCGAACUGCCCACCCUCGAAUGCGGCGUUACGCUCCUCACGCACUUCGAAUCCAUCUCCGACCCACUCGACUGGGCCAUCGGCACGCACGGCCUGCGCAUCUCCUUCACCUACCACGGCCGCCGCUACGGCUCCACAUACCUGCCCGACGUCGCGAAAGAGCAGGGCUGGACAAGGGAGGAGACCAUGGUGAGCCUGAUGCGGAAAGCGGGGUGGAGUGGACGCCGCGAAGACUGGAGGAAGGUAGAGUUGAACGUGGUGCGGUAUCAGGGGCGGCAGGUCAGAUUAGGGUACCGCGAGUGGAGGGAGUGGCGGGAUUGGGUCGAGGAGGAGAUGGAGGCGUAAAGGUUGGUAGGGGCUUAGUGGAGUUCAGGAUAUACGAUGGCAUGGGAAUGGAAUGAUAUCCACGAUGGGCCUGGCGUCGUGGAGCGAGGGAAUCUAAUACGGGAUCGGGAUAUAUGGUACUGGUGUCAUGACCAGGUAUAGACGUCCCCAGGGACAACCAACAAUCUACUCUUCAAACAAGACACCUCAUGCACCUCUCACGCACUUCACAAUUCUACUCGUCGAGUUUCUAUUCCACGUUGC